UUAUGCUUAUCUUUACACAGACGAUUAACUACAUUUUAAAACAUCACAAAAGAAAACCCGAAAAAUUAAUCUCAGCUAAGAAGAUUAAAUCGUAUCUCUCUCACUCAAUCUCUCUCUUUCUCUCUCCCUCCAUGGAAGCUCAACACCUUCAUGCCAAGCCUCAUGCUGAAGAGGAAUGGUCCACAGGCUUCUGUGACUGCUUUUCCGACUGCUCCAACUGUUGUAUCACGUUCUGGUGUCCAUGUAUUACAUUCGGCCAAGUAGCUGAGAUUGUAGAUCAAGGAUCCACCUCGUGUGGUACGGCUGGGGCACUAUACGCGUUGAUAACCGCAGUAAUCGGUUGUGGAUGUAUCUACUCGUGCUUCUAUCGUAAACAUUUCUGCUGUGAGCUCUGUGCUUUGACUCAACAAUACCGUGAACUCAAGCACCGUGGUUUCGAUAUGAGUCUUCGAUGGGCCGGUAACGUGGAGAGACAGAACCAAGGAGCUGUGGCAAUGGGUGCUCCGGUCUUCCAAGGCGGCAUGAACCGUUGAAGUUUUAUUUCUUUUAUGUUAUUCAUUAUGUACUAAAAUAAACGAUGUUUGAUAUUAAUCCUCUAUUUGUGUUGUCUGAUAUGCUUGUUGUGAAAGUUUGAACAUGAGUAUUUUUUUCAA